AGAGACACAAUACCGGAGGUUAAGCGGCGUUCCUUUCAAAACAAUUGUAUGGAUUAUUUCCAAUAAGAGUUGUAUUUUGAAAGUGUUAACAGGAACUUAUAGUUCUCUUAUCGUUUACUUCACCAUGUGUAUCGCACAAACUUGUCAACUUCCCCGGACUAGCCAAAAACUCUGCUAGUUCUUUGGUUGUAUCCGUGUAAUAGCCAAUAACAUGGACGUCAUACAUGAACAAAGGUAGUACUCAGGUCUGUCUACCAGCAUCACUCUGAAUACCUAGUAACCAUGGAGACCAAGUUGGGAGAGAGAUCAAAUGCAGGUGCCUUCAUCCCCAGCCCUCAGAGUGAAGCUGUGGCCAAUGAGCUGCAAGAGUUGUCCCUGCAGCCUGCCCCCAACCUGCUGCCAGUCAGAGAGAGGAAGGAUGUUCUCCAGCUGAAGCUGCAACAGAGAAGGUCCAGGGUAGAGUUGAUCAACCAGGGGAUCAUGCCGCCCCUGAAAAGUUCAGCUGCCUUCCACGAACAGAGACGGAGCUUGGAACGAGCACGGACUGAGGACUAUCUCAAGAGGAAGAUCAGGAGUCGACCGGAGCGUUCCGAGCUGAUCAGGAUGCACAUCCUGGAGGAGACCUCAGCAGAGCCGUCAAUUCAGGCAAAGCAGAUGCAGCUGAAGCGAGCUCGCCUUGCCGAUGAUUUGAACGAUAAGAUCUCCCACCGGCCGGGGCCCAUGGAGCUGAUCCACAAAAACAUCCUACCUGUUCACUCCAGCAUUAAACAGGCCAUUAUAGAGACACGGUUUCCAAAGGCUUCAGGUGAUAACUCAUCGUGUGAUGAGGACAGCAUUUACAGUCUGUCUCCAGAACAGCUGAUGGGCCAGGAGUCUCCUCUGGGCCUGCUUCCUCUGCCCUCCCCACCUGAGACGCUGGCUGAGAGCAGCAUCCCAUCUCCUACACAGGUCUCUCCCUCUGCUCCUGCUCUCCCACCAAUCUCUGGAUCCCCCCCCUCAUUCAAGCUGACCAAUGGGACGGCGGCAUCAUCUGCCCAGAGGACAGGGGUGACCUCACAGAUCAAGUCCCAGCCUAAACCAAACUCUGACCGCUCUGCACAGAGACACAAGAAACCUAAGGACAACAAGCCAAAGAUUAAAAAGUUAAAGUACCAUGAGUACAUCCCUCCUGACCAGAAGGGAGAUAAAGAGCCUCCUCCCCAUCUGGACUCGUCUUAUGCCAAAAUCCUCCAGCAGCAGCAGCUCUUCUUGCAGCUCCAGAUCCUCAAUCAGCAGCAGCAGCACUAUAACUACCACGCCAUCCUGCCUGCACCACCCAAACAGAUUCAGACAGAUCAGCAGCCGUCUUCCUCUUCCUCCUCCAAUCCCACGACUACCUCCUCCCCACCUCGACCUGUUGCUGCCCCUUCAACAGCUGCCUCUAACCAGGGCGGUCACAGCUGUCAGAGUUCUGCUCCUAUAUGUGGGCCAAAACCAGCGUUUCUACCCCCAAACCUGGAUGAAAUGAAGGUCGCGGAACUGAAGUCCGAGUUGAAGCUGCGCAGCUUGCCGGUCUCCGGCACCAAAAACGACCUAAUUGAGAGGCUGAGGACCUACCAGGAGCUGAAUGGAGGCAGUGACACUACCUCGUCUCCAACAGCAGGGGCCACAGGGCCAGGGGCUGAAGGAACAGCAAAAUCCUCCAAAAGUGCUGCAACCACCACCACCAACACAUCACUACAACAGCAAUGGUUUCAGUUUCAGUGCCAUCAGACAUCUUCUCGGACCGGUAGCAGCGCAGCCACUCCUCAGCAGCUCAUGACGUGUGGUGGCACCGUCUCCCCCCAAACCGCCUCGCUCCCCCCCUCUGACCGCCUCCGGCGCAUGAGCCCAGAAGAUACCAGCUUUAAAAACGACCCCUUGAUGGAAAUGAUGAGUUCACCUCUCAGCCAGGUGAGCCUUCAGCCAUGUUCAGCUGCUCAGCUUGCAACCAACAUUAAAGAAGAGCCAAAGAGUUCCACCCCGGCGCCUUGUCGAUUCGCUUUAAAGACGGCCUCUCUGCAGAACCAUUGCCUGGUUCCCUCAGCCGCCCGUACCACUACAACCACAGCUCCAGUAGUGACUAUGGACAAAGACCGGUUGCUGCUGGAGAAAGACAAGCAGAUAGUGGAGUUGACCAGGUUGCUGAGGCAGAACCAGAGGCUGGUGGAGGUGCUGAGGAUGCAGCUGGAGCAAGGGAACAGAGGAGGAGGACCAGAGCCACUGGUUCUUGUAAGAGUUAAACAAGAACCUCCUGAUAAGCCCAGUGUCCCUCUCUCAUGUGGCCAUCCACAAUUCCCCCCUCCACCGUCAUCCGUUUCAUGCGAGAUGGAUGUCAGCAAGGUAACUGUCAAACAGGAAGCCAUCGAGGCAGAUGGAGUGGAGUGUGAGACAACUAUGCAAUCAGACACUCGUGGAUUACCGCAGCCAGAGCAAAGGAGCACACAGACAAACCAACAACAACUACAACAACAACAACAACAACAUGCACGUCUGCAGCAAGCCGCUCUGCAGCUGUUACAGCAACAGGCCAUACAGAAACUUGUGCUACAGCAACAGCUAAACCUUCAGAACCAGCAGCAGAUGAAUCAGAACCACAGUCAGACGGCGGAGAACCUGCAGAAACUUUCUCAGCAGAGAAAAAGGAAAUCUCACAAGCAGCAGCACAAGCAACUCCAGCAGCAGCAGCAGCAACUGUUGCAGUCCCAACAACAGCAUCAACAGGCGAAACAACAUCACCAGCAGAUGCAGACUAACCAACACAUUCUACUGAAGCAACAAAAGUCAUUUUUGCAGCAGCAGAUUAAACAACAGGUGGUAAUACAGCAGAAACAACAGGCGCAACAGAAGUCACUACAGGUAUCUCAAGCGUCCUUCAACCAGCAGUCAGGCUCAGCCCCCACUUUCCAACAGGAUCUCCCCAAGAGCGACUCCACCCCGACUCUGGUCACCGACGGCAACGGCAACCAUUUCCUGAUCGCACUGACCAGUCACAUCACUGAGAAGCAAAGAACUGAUGCACCUGGGAGCAAAGCAACCAAUCAAAUUGCACUGCAGCGAUUACAGUCUACUCCAGCCAAGCUCCCCGGCCACAACCCCAUUCAGCUGCCUAAAGCGGAUAUUCAGACCAAACAAAGCACACACGUGGGAUUUUUGAAACAACAAGAGACAAAGCCGCAGAAUGGGAGACUCCAGGUAUCUGUGGAGCAGCCUCAGCAGGACAUUGCUCAGUGUUUGUCAGCACCUCCCAGUCUGCAGCCUUUCUUCAACAACCAGGAGACUGCUCCCUCCGGGAAAGAUGCCACAUCACCUUUCUCUCAAACUGAGUUGUGCCCUAGUCUGGAUGUCUUGUUUAGUCCUCUGUCUCCAGCUUCCAUUAAGACAGCGGCCUCAUCGCCUGAUAACAAAGAUACAGAGCAUGACGAUGAUUUUGUUGACAUCAUUUUGCAGACAGGAGAUACGUCGACCUCCUUUAAACCAGUACCGGACCCUUCUCUGGAUCGUCUAGAUCCACAAUCUUCUCCCCUUCCCUCGCCGCUUCAGCUGUUGCUAUCACCCCCGGUCCCACCCAGCUGUGACAGCCCACAGUCGGCCUCCUCGAUGCAGUCUGAGCUUCAGGCUCUGGCAGACACCAUAGAAGAGAAACAACACCUCGGUAGCGCUGGGAGCGGACGCCUGGAAGACUUUCUGGAAAGCACCACCGGUAAGCCUCUCCUGGGGGUGGAGCCUGGAGGCCUGUUGACGUUGAUCGAUGACCUGCACAGUCAAAUGCUGUGCACCCCCAGCAUCCUGGACCAUCCCUCGUCUCCCAUGGAUACCUUCGGCAUGGCAGGGGACGGGGAGCAAGGGCUAGACGGUAUGGAUUGGUUGGACCUCACCAUGGGAGGAGAGAGGGGAGAGGAAACCUCUACACUGGCCCCGCUGUGCCCUCAAACACCCCAUAGUGUCUUUUCCAUGGACUUCCUGGACAGUGUUGACCUGCAGAUACACCUGGACUCCUGCCUAUAGUCUAUAACAGUCAGGAAAACAAACAUGGGGGCUCGGCACACGCAUGCACAAAAACGAUGUUUUGCGGACGGGAACAUGCGUCUAAUGUUACAUGUAAUUGAUUGCUGAGGCUUCAGUAUCCGAUUAGAGCACUCCUUCUGUAUCUUCUCACACACUGGUGUAUUGAAUCUUGAAGCACUUUGACCUUCAUUUAUUUUAUUUACGCGCUGGUGUAUUGAUUUUUGUACAUACACGUAUUAGGCAGGUCCUACAUCUGUUUGUGCUGCUUUAGAAGCAGUUUUGCUAACACAUGAAAGGCACUGCUGUGGAUUUGGACCCGAUAAUUGAUGAGACAUUUUUAACUAAGCCAUAAACCCACAAAUAAAUGAAUCUCAUCUUUUCUUGACACCGUGUUGCAGUGAAAGAUUAGAUCUGUUUAUUUGACCUUUUUUCUAAUUAGGAGUGCAAAGUGCCUUAGUUGCCUUUUGUAGUAAAGAUAAUCAAUAGUUUACCACCACUUCAGCUAAUCAAUAACCAAAGUUUAGGUGAAAGAUAAAUAAGUUUGGUUAAAGGUCCCAUGGCAUGAAAACUUCACUUUAUGAGGUUUUUUAUGAGUUCCCCCAGCCUGCCUAUGGUCCCCCAGUGGCUAGAAAUGGUGAUAGGUGUAAACC